UCUGAAAAUUAACUUUAUCAAGUUGUUGUCCGCACAUUGUUAAGCAACACUUAGUUCUGCAGAACUAAGUGUGCCUUCAACUUUUAUUGAAGGCCAUGCCUUCAAUAAAAAAUUUGAACGUCGCAGAUGCCUUUGAUGUUCUGGAAGACGGGAUUCAACAGUUACAGACGGCAUGGAGUCAACACAUCCCCCUUGUAGUGAACAAAGAAGAACGCCGUACUCGCAGGGAAAAGUAUCUGGAAGAAUUGAUUCAACAGGACCCGCCCAAUGAUUUCCGGACGCUGAAUGUAAUGCCCAAUUGGGAGGAUGUCUGCAUGGAUUUUGAGCCUUUCCUCCGUCCGAAUAUUGUCAAGGGCAAGUAUCCAGACAUUGCGACCUAUCUGGACAUUCAAUUCCGCCUAUUACGCGAGGAUUUCUUUAAUCCAUUACGCGUUGGAUUACUGGCGUACAAAAGCCAGACGGAUAAGAAAUUUUCACGGAUACGAAAUCCGGAUAACAUUCGUCUUUACUAUGAAGUUCAAAUUCUGGAAUACCAUAUGCACGAAGAAUGUUAUACGAUUCAAUUCUCUAACGCCGGAUUAAGGAGAAUCGUCUGGGAGCACAGCAAACGGUUUCUUUACGGAUCGCUCCUUUGUCUGUCCUCAGAUAAUUUUAAGUCAUUCCACUUGUUCACGGUUUUGGACCGGAAUCCGAAACUUUUGGAAGAAGGCAAAAUAAAAGUCAAAUUUGAAGGCGGUACUUUAUCGGCAGCUCUCAAAAAGCAGAAGUUUGUCAUGGUGGAAUCAACAGUGUUCUCCGAAUCAUACCGAAGCACCCUAACAGCUUUACAACGGAUCAGUCCUACUAAUUUUCCGUUCGAAGACUACAUACUCGGCCGAAAUACUUCACCAGUAGUCCCUGAUUAUCUCAAUGCAAAGAAUGCUCUCUAUGAUUUGAGGUGUGUGAGUUCAUGCGUACGUCGUGCGUGCAUAUGUCGUGUGUGCGUACGUGCGUACUUACGACGGGUAACCGCGCGCGUUAUCUGUGGUGGUAAAGGAGGCAAUUCACAAGUGGCCGAGAUUAGUGAUGCUGAUGAUGGUUCCUCUAAUGAGCAAGCAGGCAAACUCCGUGCGCAAGAAGUUCCCAUCCUCGAACCAAGCUUGCGUCCUAAUGCGAAUGAGCUGGGACUGGAUCCUAGUCAGUGUACUGCAUUGUACGCAGCGUUGACGCAAAAAAUUUCUGUGAUUCAGGGACCACCAGGAACUGGGAAGACGUAUUUAGCUCUGAAAAUCGUCCAAACUUUACUGAAAAACAAACAGCACUGGAAUAACGGACAAUGUCCACUAUCAUCGCCUAUUUUGGUUAUUUGCUACACCAACCAUGCUCUAGACCAGUUUUUAGAGGGCAUAUCCAAAUUUACUCACAAGAUAGUGCGCAUUGGUAGUCAAAGCAAAUGUGCGGCCCUUGAGCCUUUCUCGUUAAUGGCCUGGAAGAAACAGCCAGGGCGAUAUUCACAUGGGGAUACAAGAAAAUGGAUUUUCGAAAUAAAUGACCAACUACGCGAGAUUGACAAGGAACGAGAUGUCCUCCGCGGUGUUAUGAUGGUGAUGCAUUCACGUGGACUGAUUCACGAAGAUUCACUGCUGUACAUGAAAAUCAUUCCAAAAUCUCUGCACAGUGCAUUCGAGGCUUUAAAGCAUUCAAUGGUGAGAUCCGGCAACAGAGAUUGGACAGCUUUGGGAUGUUGGCUCGGAAUUUACAGGAACGAAGACCUUCAACAGCUUUUCAACUGUUUUAGUAAAAAUAGUUCUGAAAAGCAUCAUGCUACAAAGAAUUUGCCUGUAGUUUCACCAACGGAGGAAAACGAAACAGCAGACGAUCAGUGGGAUAAGGCACUCAUUGAAGAAAUCCAAACUGAUCGUAAAGUAGAAGACGACGACCACUUGGCGUCUGUAAAAGCGAAGGCAGUCGAUAGACAUUCUAAGCCAGAAGAUGAAGCCCUUAAAAAAGUGUUUGUGAAGUUCAGCUACAAGUCCAGCGAAGACGAAACAUUGAUUAAGGAGUACAGAGAAUCUUUGGAAACUAUGGAAGGAGAAGAUGUAGCCUGGUAUGAAUUUCAUAUUCAAGAAUUGCAGAACAGAAUUUUGCUUCUGCGCCAGUUGCUCCAGACGGUUCCUACGCUAAAAGAGAAGCAACUUGAUGAGUGGUACACGAACGAUAUAAUGCGAAUCCCGUUGCACAUUCGUUGGAUGAUGUACAGUUCCUGGAAAGUCAAAGCUCUGGACAUUCAAGAAAAGCGAAUUACCAAACUUGAAGAGAGCUAUGUGAAACAUGCAACACAAUUAAAAGACGUUCGAACUCUGGAAUCGGCUGAGAUCUGCCAAAACGCUGAUAUUGUAGGUUUGACUGCAACAGGAGCAGCUAAACAGAGGGCCCUCCUAAACCAUCUCAAACCAAAAAUAGUUAUUGUCGAAGAAGCAGCGAAAGUUUUGGAAGCCCAUGUAGUUUGCGCAUUGUCAUCGUCGUGUCAGCAAUUAGUUCUCAUUGGAGACCAUCAGCAACUGAGACCACCGGUCACGGUCCAUCGUCUAGCCAAAGAUUUCUUUCUAGACGUUUCGCUGUUCGAAAGGCUGAUCAAGAAUGGGAUGGAGCCUUGCAUUUUGGGCGUUCAGCGUCGCAUGCGUCCCGAAAUAGCUCGUUUAAUUGUCCCUGCUAUUUACCCGACGUUGGAAAAUCAUUCUUCAGUUCUGAAUUAUCCCGCUAUACGAGGCUUGGCGUCAAAUAUUUUUUUCCUGACACAUUCCGAGCAAGAAAUAGGAGAUCAUGAAGGCAAAAGUCAUUUGAAUCCGUAUGAGGCGCAGCUUUCCCUGGCUCUGGCUCGACAUCUCAUUAUGCAGGGAUACGCGCCCAAGCAAAUUACAAUCCUCACUACGUAUUCCGGCCAACUUCUUCAUUUUUUCAAGAUACGCCGAGAACAACCAGCUGUUCAGUCUGUUCGCAUUUCUGUAGUGGAUAACUUCCAAGGUGAAGAGAAUGACAUCAUCAUCCUUUCCCUUGUGAGGAGCAAUGAGGAUGAAAACAUAGGAAUUCUUCGCAUCGAGAAUCGAAUUUGUGUGGCACUGUCAAGGGCUAAACAGGGAUUCUAUAUGAUUGGCAAUAUGCAAAAUUUGCAAGGGAAGAGCAAAUUGUGGAAUGGUAUUCGCAAAAUGCUUGAAACAAAUGGUCAACUAGGACCGGACUUCGAGUUGCAAUGCCGCAUUCACGACGUUAUAACAAAAGCGCGUAAAGUGGCAGAUUUUCCACCAGAAGGUGGAUGCAUGGAGAAUUGUGCUGUAACUAUGGGAUGUGGACAUGUUUGUCCCAGGAUUUGUCAUGUUAAUGAUCGGAAACACACCCAGUUCAAGUGCAAAGAAAACUGCACCCGUUUUUGCCCUGUCGGACAUCCAUGCCCAAAGAAAUGUUUCGCAGAUUGCAAUCCUUGUGUUGUGCGAGUGACAAAAAAACUUCCCUGCACACAUGAACAAAUCGUAUUGUGCUAUAAAGACCCAGCCAAAGAAUUUUGCCAGACACCUGUUUGGAAGAUUCUACCAGCUUGUGGCCAUGGAGUUGAUUUAUUGUGUGGAGCAUCUGUUUCCGAAGCUGUAUGUCCCGAACCUUGUGGAAUGACUCUCGAUUGUGACCAUAUUUGCCCACUUUCUUGCCACAAAAGGAGCUCUCAUGCAAACGUGAAGUGUCAAGAGCCUUGUCAACGUCAAUGUUCUGAUCAUCACCCAUGUACGAAGAUGUGCUUCGAAGAUUGCGGCAAAUGUCACGUCAAAAUGACGAAAACUUUGCCAUGCGGCCACGAGGCGGAAGUGGAAUGCAGCGAGCCGUUAGGGAACGUCAAUUGCAACGUAAGAGUCAUGAAAACUCUUACAGAGUGUGAACACACAAUUGAAAUUGAAUGCAGUAAAUCGACUGAUGGCUAUAAAUGUAAGAAGCCGUGUGAAAAAACAUUGUGUAUCGAUGGCCACCCAUGCAAAAAGCGCUGCUUUGAACCGUGCGGACGCUGUUCGGUCAGAAUGGAAAGGCAGCUUAAAUGCGGUCAUUCGGCGGUUGUGGAGUGUUAUGUGGAUCCUAUGACGGUUAGAUGUCGUAUCUUAAAAGAAGGAUGUCUGUUACCUCUGUGUGGGCAUCGAGUGGCCCUUCAUUGCGGGAAAGACCCGUAUCAAGCGGUUUGUCCUCUUCUUUGCAACGUACGGCUCGAAUGUGGUCAUAGUUGCACCUUGAGAUGCCACACUCGUAAGGACCCAGACCACCAGGAAUACCAAUGUAAGAAACAAUGCGGGAAGACGAAACAAGGCUGCAAAAUGAAUCACAAGUGCGGCAAGAAGUGCUUUGAGGACUGUGCCCCUUGCAACGAGAAAUGGAAACGAACUUUGCCGUGUGGGCAUUCGAUUUUUACCGAGUGUUAUCGCAACGACGAAGAUAUAUUUUGCCCGAAAAUGGUGACAAAGGUUAUCCCGGAAUGCGGACAUGAAGCGCAAUUAGAAUGUUCCACUGUACCAACUCGGCUUCUUUGCAAAGAAAUGUGUAAUUUGAUGUUGCCUUGCGGUCAUGCAUGCAAGAAAAAAUGUUGCAAACCGUGCAAUCAAGCCGACUGCAACGAACCGGUAACAACCUCGCGAUUGAAUAUAUGCGGUCACCACGUCACUUUGGAUUGCAAAAGCUUUCAUGCAGUUGACGGAAUCCCGACCGAAAUCCAAAUGCAGUCGCAUCUGAGAACCUGCUCGAAACCGUGUAAUGCCACGCUUGAUUGUAUGCAUCGCUGUAAGGGCACUUGUGGCGAAUGUUUCAAUGGAAGAGUUCAUCGCGCGUAUGAUUACAGGUGCGGCCGUUCUCUUGUCUGCGGACACAUCUGUGACGUCAACUGCAGUCUUACUUGCCCACCGUGUAGAAAGAUAUGUGAAUAUUCAUGCUCGCAUAGCAGGUGUCGACAUACGUGUAGCGAACCUUGUAGCGCUUGUCAGGAGCCAUGCGAAUGGAAGUGUGAGCAUCAAACGUGUGGAAAGAAAUGUGGGGAGCAGUGUGAUCGCACUAGAUGUGAUGAACCAUGCAAUAACAAGUUGCCGUGCGGUCAUUCCUGCAUAGGAUUAUGCGGUGAAAUUUGUCCACGGCUGUGUCGCGUUUGCGAUAAAGAUCAACUGACAGAUUUCAUUUUACUUGGUAAUGAAGAAAACGACGAUGCAAGAUUUAUUUUCUUACCGGAGUGUGAACACUGUAUCGAAGUGGAAGGCAUGGAUCACUGGAUGGCUACAGACGGAGGUGGUCAAAUUCAGCCAAAGUGUUGUCCUCGUUGUAAGACCACCGUUCGGAUCUGUAUGCGCUAUGGCAACAUCAUCAAAAGCACCUUCGAUGAUAUAUCAAAAGCGAAAAAGAAAAUUUUGCUGUUGAAAGGCAACCCCCAGGUGUUCUUCGAAAGGGCUGCCGCCCUAAUGGAGAAUUGCCGAAGUCUUUUCAAAAAGUGCCAACCGCUUAACAGUCCGAUCGUCAUGUUUGCUCAUGAAAGUUUUGGGGAUAUUUGGGCACAGUUAAGACCAAAGAUGAAAGGCAACGGAAAGAAAGUCAAACCGUCUAUUGGGUCCGACAUACGUUUUCGAAUCGAAGUCAAUCUGAGUGUUAUCGAGAGAGUGCUGGAAAUGAUGGCAAAAAUGGUUGGGAAGGUUAAUAACCCGCACGACUCCCGUAGACCAUUAAUGUCUACUCCUGCGCCCACGACAACCCAGUCGAUAUACAUGGCCCCGGAAUUACGUGAUGAAUUGCACGCUCUCAUUCAGAAAUUGCUACUUUCUCUGUUUGAGAGAUCCCGGAUUUCCGUAGAAGAACAUCGAACUGUCGAACGUGAAUUGGAGCGAUUGGAAUAUGUUCAAGCUUAUUUUGUUCUGAAAAGCUCUACACUCUUUCCAACCGUUGGGGUAACAUCCUCCGAAAACCAAGUCAUACAAAAACUUCUAAUGAACAACGUUCGAGUGCUGGAAGAUGGCGGAAAAAUUGAGAUAGAGUCUGCGUUGGAAAAAUUGGGAGCCAAACUGAAAACUGGUCUUGGAAUUAGCGACAAGGAGCGCAGAGAAAUUGUUUCGGCGAUUGGAUUGGCACAAGGACAUUGGUUUAAAUGUCCCAACGGCCAUAUUUAUGCCAUCGGAGAGUGUGGAGGAGCUAUGGAGGAAAGCAGAUGCAACGAAUGUAACGCUGUUAUAGGAGGACGGAGUCACCGAUUGCGCGACGGUAAUAGUUUUGCUGCGGAGAUGGAUAAUGCCACUCGCCCCGCUUAUCCAUUGUAAGCAUGAAUUCAUUUUCUUAUUUGCCUCCCUUUUUUAUCUCUUUUUUCUUUUCGUUUCAACUUCUUAAUUUGGAAACAAUUGCAUGUUCUAAGCAUGGGUUUAAAUUUAGAACGCAAGUAAUGAGGAAUAGCAAUUGCUUUUUUUUUUAUAAAACACUUUGGUUGUUGAAACUACCAAAUUAUUUUUUCUUCGUUAUCUUAAAACUAAUCGAUUUGAACUUCGACAGUUGCAAAAAAAAAAAAUGCAACUCCCGUAGUUAUUUUGCACUUCCAUCCUUUUUAAACAAUUAUCAGUAAAAAUUCGCUGAUGUCUUCCUAGUUCACUGCCAUCUCCUGUAACGAAAAGCUUUCUUUAAAAAACCUUGCUUUGCUACCACUUAGUUAAUCUAGUGUUGUGAUUCGUUAACUUAGAAAAGUUGUUUUAAAACGGGGAAAAAUGUAUUGCACGAUGAAAGAUGAAAUAACAUAGAUGUAACGACAA